AUGGGUCUUUUUACGCGGCAGGAGCAGCCAAGCUCUACAGAUGAGUUCUUGGAUCUGAUUGCUGAUCCAUUCUCUUCUUCGAUCCAACAAAGCUCCAUCUACGCCGCUAUCGUUUAUUCCUUCGUCAUCACCGGUCUCCUCUUCCUCUCGUUCUGCUUUCUGCGUCCACGAAACAACCGCGUCUAUGCGCCACGAGCGAAACAUGCUGACGAGAAGCACCGACCGCUGCCGCUGGACAAAGGUCCAUUCGAUUGGAUAAAAGCCAUCACGAACACAAAAGAGCAAGACCUCGUGGACAAAAUCGGCCUAGAUGCCGUUCUCUUCAUGAGGUUCCUCCGGAUGGUCAGGAACAUUUUUAUUGUGCUCAGCGUCAUCGGCUGCGGUAUCCUGAUCCCUGUCAACGUCGUUGGGGGGUCGAACAUAUACGACAACUAUGGCGACGUAGCAACGCUCAUGAAGUUCACGCCACAAUACAUCUAUGGCGGAAACAAGUUCUGGGCCUUUGUCAUUGUAGCGUACCUUUUCCAAGGUACCAUUUGCGGCUUCAUCUGGUGGAACUAUAGCGCGGUUUUCAGGCUCAGGCGCACAUACUUCGAAAGCGCAGAGUACAAAGCCAGCCUGCAUUCACGGACAUUACUGCUUACCCACAUUCCCAAUUCCUCGCGAACCGACACUGGAAUUGCCGAAUUGAUCGAAUCAGAUAAACAAACAGACGAUGUUCCCCGAACAGUGGUUGGGCGCAACGUCAAGGACUUGCCCGAACUGAUCGAAAAGCACGACGAGGCUGUACGCGAGCUCGAACAGUGCCUCGCCAAAUAUCUCAAAAACCCGAACCACCUACCAGCGAAACGCCCUACCUGCAAGGCCAAGAAGGAUGACACCACAGCACACGGAAAAGGAAGAGUGGACGCGAUCGACUAUCUUACGGACCGAAUAGCAAGGCUGGAGGUAUCCAUCAAAGAAGUGCGAGAGAGCGUAGACAUGCGGAACCCCAUGUCCUAUGGUUUUGCCUCCUACGCCCGCAUCGAAGACGCACAUGCCGUUGCAUACGCCACAAAGAAGAAGGGCCCCAAAGGCUGCGACGUAUAUCUUGCGCCAAAGCCCCACGAUCUUCUAUGGCAAAACCUUUCCAUGAGCCGGAAGACACGCCGCGCGAGAGCAUUUUGGGAUGGUCUGUGGAUGGUGCUCCUGACAAUCGCUUUCAUCGUACCUAACAUCUUAACCUCGGCCUUCUUGUCCAACUUCGCGAAUCUAGGUCUUGUCUGGAAGGACUUUCAAACCAAUCUAAAUGCUCACCCAACCGGAUGGGCUAUCGCACAGGGUAUCUUGGCCCCUCUGGUACAGACACUCAUGUAUAUGGGCAUCCCAAUCGUUUUUCGUCGAUUGUUCACUCACUCGGGUGACGUUUCGAAGACCUCCCGGGAGCGUCAUGUUGCAUCUCGCCUUUACGCCUUCUACGUGUUCAACAACCUCGUAGUCUUCUCCGUCUUCGGUUCCGUAUGGCGCUUUGUGGCAGCUGUAGUUGGAGCACAGAACAUAGGUGUGUGGGAGGCUAUGAAGAAAGGCCAGCCCUUUACGCAGCUGGUGACUGGGUUGUGCAAUGUUUCCACUUUCUGGCUUACCUGGCAGAUGCAAAGAAACCUUGGUGCUGCGAUUGAUCUGUCGCAAGCGUGGACCUUUGCUUGGUCCUGGAUUCAGCGAACCUUUUUUUCUCCCACACCGCGAGAAAUGAUCGAACUCAGUGCCCCUCCACCAUUCGCAUACGCGGAGUACUACAACAACUACCUCUUUGUUACCACCGUCGGCCUUUGCAUGGGCUCACUGCAGCCUAUUGUUUUGCCGGUUACUGCUUUCUACGUCGGCAUGGACGUUAUUUUCAAGAAAUAUCUCCUGCAAUACGUCUUCAUCACCAAGACUGAAUCUGGAGGCCGCUUCUGGCGUCUUCUCGUGAACCGCCUGCUCUUCGCUAUCCUCCUUGGGAAUGCUGUCAUUGCCCUCGUCGUCGGUGCCAAAGGUGUUACUGACCAAAACGUCUUCGAGAAUGGCAAGGUGCUCUACGCAAUGGUGCCACUUCCCUUCUUCCUCUUCGGAUUCAAAUGGUACUGCAAGAAGUCCUACGACGACAAGCUCCUCUACUACUCUACCCUCCCCUUCUCCGACAUCGAAAACACCCACAAUACGAACCACCCUAAGGCGCGAAAGGGCGACAAAGUCGGCGUCCGCUUCGGCAACCCCGCCAUCUACAAGAAACUCAUAACGCCCAUGGUGCACGCCAAAUCGCAACACCUGCUCAAGGAAAUCUACGGCCACCGCUCCAACGCCGACAACGAAAUCUUCGCUGCGCCCCACCGCCGCUCCACAGACCGCGCAACCCCCGCGAACCUGGGCUACGGCGACAUGUACCUGACAGAUAUGGACCACAGCGCGCCAGGCCGGUGCUCCUCCAUCGAGGGCGCGGCAAUGCCCAACGUCGAAGUUGUCGAGGAAGCCGAUCUCGAUUUCGAGAACUUCAAGCGGCGCGCCGAAUUCAGAGAAGAAUUCGGUGGCGAUGGGGAGCUGUAUGGACGGCCCGAGGACCUAAUUUCUCGGCCCGGCACACCCUCAACGUUCACUACCUUUGUGGAGAACUCGCCCUACGGAAGUCCCCACGGGAAGCGGCAGUCGGCUUCGCUCGCGGGGUCGCGGGGGAGCAGCCGCACACGGCUUGGUGAUCUUCAUGAUGAGGAUGAGGGUGAGGGCCACAGUUAUGCGAAGGGAUACCAGCACACGCCGACCACGGACACGUUCCAGGAGCAGGAUAUGGUGGACGUGGACAUCCCGGCUACGCCGCUAGACGCAGAGGAGAUGCUAAGAGCGAGUCACAGCAGACAGCCGCUGGUGGACAGGCGGUCGAGAGAUAGCUCGGCGGAUGGGGCGUACUUCAAUCGCAGUAUGCGUGGUGAAGGUACGAGUUACGAAAGUUAUAGACAUAGAUGA